UUUUCAACAGACUUCUUCAGAUCAUUCAAACACUGAAUGGCUCCCUUAGAUCUGGCCUAACCACUGUACAGCAACUAUGGGACAAGACAUAAGAUUCUUUUUUGUAAAGAAUAAGAAAAUUAUUAUUAUAUCAUUGUUGACUGCUUCAGUUGUAGUUAUAUUGGCGCUUGGACUGGGUCUUGGAAUUGAACUCUCUAAAUGCAGGGAAAAAGGGGAAGUACCUACAAGUACAUGCAAAGGGAAAUGUUAUGAACCUUAUCAAGACGGCUCCAAUGGCUGCCAAUGUGGUGCCCUAUGUCAGAAUAACAACAACUGCUGCCAUGACUUUGAAGAUAUUUGCCUGAAGCCAGCUGAACUAUGGGAGUGUACUCGGAUUCGUUGUGGAGAAAAAAGACUGAAAAAUAGCAAAUGCCAUUGUUCAGACGACUGCCUUGAAAAGGGGGACUGCUGUACAAAUUAUAAAAAUAUCUGUCAUGGUCAAUCCAAAUGGGUCAGUGGUGCCUGUGACGAGAUUGCUGUCCCAAGCUGUCCUGCAAGUUUUUCAAAACAGCCUGUAAUUCUAAUUUCAUUGGAUGGAUUAAGAGCAGAAUAUCUAAUGACCUGGAGUAAAAUUGUUCCAGUCUUGGAUAAACUAAAAACAUGUGGAACACAUUCUCCUUAUAUGCAAGCAAUUUUUCCUACGAAGACAUUUCCAAACCAUUACACUAUUGUCACAGGUUUGUAUGCAGAAUCCCAUGGAUUAAUUGAUAACAGCAUGUAUGAUCCUGCCUUCAAUGCAUCCUUCAGCCUUAGCAAUAGUGAAAAAUCCCAACCACGCUGGUAUCUUGGUCAACCUAUCUGGCUCACUGCUAUGUACCAAGGAUUAAAAGCUGGUACUUUCUUUUGGCCUGGAUCAGAUGUUAAAAUCAAUGGAACUUUCCCAACAAUAUAUAAAGAUUUUGACAGUAAAGUACCUUUUGAAGAGAGGGUUCAUACAAUAAUGAAGUGGCUUUCUUUACCAGAAAAUGAAAGACCACAUUUCUAUACACUCUACCUUGAAGAACCAGACAGUUCAGGGCAUACAUUUGGACCUGUCAGUGGUGGGGUAAUUGAAUCUCUGCAAAGUGUUGAUAGGAUAAUUGGGCAGUUGAUGAAUGGGCUUAAACAGCUGAACCUUGACAGAUGUGUUAAUAUUAUAGUAGUUGCUGACCAUGGAAUGGAUGCUACGAGCUGUGAGAGAAUGGAAUAUCUAAAUAAUUAUAUUCAUAAUGUCAAUGACCUUUUUGUAUAUGAAGGAGCAUUCAGCAGAAUCAGACAAAAAGAUCUUCAGAAGCCAUUCGAUCCUGAGCUUCUUGUGGGAAAUCUAACAUGUAAAAAUACAACUCAAAAAUUUAAACCAUUUCUGAAAGAAAAUCUUCCUAAAAGAUAUCACUAUGCUAACAGCAGGAGGAUUGAAGAUGUUAAUUUGGUCAUCGAUGCACAGUGGUUGCUGUCAAGGAAAAUAGGCUCCUAUACAUUUUGUAACGGAGGAAACCAUGGAUACGACAACGAUCAUUUUAGCAUGCAGGCAAUGUUUUUAGCAUAUGGACCAAAAUUUUUCUUUAAAUCUAAAAUUGAACCAUUUUCCAAUGUGCAGUUAUAUAAUGUUUUAUGCGAUUUGCUUGAAAUCCAUCCAGCUCCUAACAACGGUACCCAUGGUAGUAUGAACCACAUGCUGAGAAAACCAUUUUAUAAUCCAAAUUUGCCUCAAGAGAUGUCCCAACCUGAAAAAUGCCCUCUGAAAUUCCUGAAUCCAAGUGAUAACCUGACAUGUUCAUGCAACUCCACGGAUGUGGAAGAAUAUAAUAAAAGAUUAAAUCUAACAACUAAUGAUGUGGAAAUCGCAGAGAAAACACACAUGCCUUUAGGAAGACCAAUUAUGUUACAGGAAAAUGAGCAGUACUGCCUCUUGCAUCAUCAGGGGUUUGUGAGUGCGUACAGCAGGAUGAAACUGAUCCCCAUCUGGACAUCUUUCACUUUGAACAAACCUGCAAAUGCUGAUCCUCUACCAGAGAUGAUAAAAGACUGCCUGAGAGCAGAUGUUCGAAUUCCUCCAGAAGACAGUGCGAAAUGUGAAUCAUACACUAGGGAUAUUCAAAUCACAGAAUCAUUUCUUUAUCCUCCAAAUCUUGCUGAAUCCUCAUCUGAACAGUAUGACGGUCUGCUAAUAAGCAAUGUGGUGCCCAUGUAUCCUGCCUUCAAAAAAAUCUGGAUGAACUUCCAUAAUAUCAUCUUGAAAAAGUAUGCUUUGUAUUAUGGGCUCAUCAAUGUAAUAUCUGGUCCUGCAUUUGAUUAUAAUUACAACGGACGCUCUGAUUCAGUUAAUGAGAUUAUAAAGCAUGUUAAUGGUACACAGAUCCCAAUCCCCACACAUUAUUUCAUUAUUAUUGCCAGCUGUAAAAAUGGAGUUCAAAACUUACUGGAGUGUGAUGCAGGACUACAAACUAUUUCAUUUAUUUUGCCUCACAGACCUGAAAACCAAGACAUCUGUAGAAGUGGUCAGGAUGAAAUAAAAUGGACAGAGGAUUUCAUGUGGCUUCACCAAAGUACAGUGACUGACGUGGAGUGGCUGACAGGGCUUGACUUUUUUCAUAACAGUAAUCUGAAGGUUGCAGAGCUUCUUCGUAUAAAGUCAUUUCCUACCGCUGCUAUCACUAGAUUGCUUUGAAAUAACAUGCAAUGGCUGACGGAGUCUUGAUUUUCAACUCUUUUCUUCGUAAAUAAAAGGCAUGUUAGUUUUAAUGUGGAAUAGGUUUAUGAUUCAAUGUUAUAAUUUAUGUCAUUUCUGUUAUUUGAUCCUUUUUAAUUUCAGAACUAGUAACAAUAUUAAUGUAAAUUUUGGUUAAAGCAUGUUAUACUAGUCCAUAUGUUAAAUACAUAAUACCUUAAUAGACCUUUCAAUAUUGUACCAUUCAUGAUUUUAAAAUUAAAAUAAUGAUAAAUACAUUUUGUUAAGAUCUCUAUGAAAAGCAAGAAUAUUUCUAAGAAAUUCCACUCAAGGUUUAUUUUCUUAUCCCAAAUGUUUUUAAAGUUUCAAGGAAUUCUGCAGUUAACCUUUUACUUUAUUUAGACCUAAAGACUGGCUUUUGUAGCACUCAUCUUCUGCUCUUUUCUUGUGCCUCCCUGUUGAAUUCAUAGCAGUUCAUUCAGUUUGUCAGCCAGAUCAUAAAAAGUGGUGUCAUCCAAGAGUAUUGCAUUGUGGCUCCAUC